GCUUAAGGUAAAUACUGAUAAAAUUUAAGGUUAUAUUUCCUGUCAUUUCAUUAGAAACUUGCUACUUACUAGCAGUGAGUCUGAAGUAAAGACCCAAACUGCUGUUUUGCAUUUUUAUAAUACAAAACAUCAAAAAGUCCAAAGGUGAAGGUUAAAAUGUCUGUGCAAAAGGCAGGCAAGUUCCUAUACUUUGCUUAUGGGAGUAAUUUAUUGAAACAGCGGAUCCAUAUCCAGAAUCCCAGUGCCGAAAGGGCCGGUAUUGGAUUCCUGAAGGAUUACCAGAUUAGUUUUGUAACACAUUCAAAAAGAUGGCAGGGGGCGAGCGCUACGAUAAUUCCCAAGAAAUCCAGGGUAGUGUGGGGUGCCCUGUGGUAUCUGGAUAAUUCCCACAUGGAAAGUCUGGAUGGACAAGAAGGAGUACAUAAAAACCUCUACAGAGUCCUCCAUGUAGAUAUAGAGUUACCAAAUGGAGAAAAAGUCAAGGCGAGAACUUACCAACAAACCGUAGACGCUCCAGACGUGGAUGAUUUCAAAGACUUACCCCACGAGUGCCGACCGUCGUUUCCAUACCUGAGGACGAUUUUAGUCGGGGCAGAAGAGUCAGACUUACCGAAAGAAUACAGGGAAUUCUUACAGACGAUACCACAUAACGGCUACGACGGACCGGUCGAUAUAGGACUGCCAUUAAACUUUAAAUAAAACAACUUUAGAUAACUAUUUUAAUAAAUUUUAUUUUAUCUUAAUCAA